UAUGCUGGCCCCUGGAACAACAGUGAGCUAAGAAACAUGCAUGAAACAGUCUGUCUCCUUGUCCUGCUAGCGAUGUUAUCUGGGGGAGAUUGUCUACAACUAAACCAGUUUCCAGCGAGCUGCUUUGUCGGAGAGAAUGUUUCACCUGGCACUAGAGUCUACAGCUUUAAUGUGACCUUAUCACCAUCAGCAUCGCCUGUGAGCUUUGGGUUUCCUUUGAUAGUAAAUUCAAGUCCUCUGACUCAAGCUUUCUGUAUUAAUGGAUUAUCAGAGAAAAGCUUUGAAGUAGUCACCACUGGGAACCCUCCACUUGAUUUUGAAACAAUGCCAAAGAGGUUUCAAUUGCAGGUUUAUGUUAAAGAUGAAGCUGGUGCAAUGGACCUAGGACUCUUGACUGUCCAGUUAAAAGAUGUUAAUGAGCCUCCUCUGUUUCUAGACAACUUGGCAAAAGGAACUGUAGAGCUCUAUAUUUUGGAAGGAAUAAGCCCUAGACCCAUUUACCAGAUGGAGGCAGUUGAUCCUGAAAAUGAGCCCCUCACGUUUUCUUUGAUCUCUCCCUUGAAGCACUUCAAUGUCUCUACAAAUGGCAUCCUUUUCUCCACAACAACAUUCGAUUUUGAAGCAGGACACAACAGUUACGUGAUUGAUGUGGAAGUAGAAGACAGUGGGGGGCUUAAAGCCACAAGAACAUUCCUAGUAAACGUCAUAAAUGUUAAUGAUGAAAGUCCUUACUUUACCAGCUCAAUAAGAAUUUAUAGAAUUCCAGAGGAGCUGAGCCCUGGAACUAUUGUUGCCAAUAUCACUGCCAAGGAUCCUGAUGAUGAAGCCUUUAUGGGCAGGCUCCUCUAUCAGCUCACCACCCCCAAUGAGUAUUUCAUAAUAAAUCAGCUGACUGGUACCAUUCAAAUAGCCAGUAGGCUAAAUCGAGAUGCUGGUAAACUGAAGCAAAAUCCGAAUAUCCUUCUGGAAGUUCUUGUGAAGGACAGACCCAAAGGGGGUCAGGAGAACCGCACUCAGAUAACCUUCAUCAUUGAAGACAUUAAUGACAACCCUUCUGCAUGCAAUCAGUUUACCUUCAGCAUAUCUGUGCCUGAACAAACCAAGAAAAUGGUGCUUCUGGAUCUAGUGGACCAUUGCUUUGAUAAUGAUGCUGAAGCACCAAACAACCAGUUCAAUUUCACUAAUCUAUCUGGAGUAGGAAGCAAUGGAAAGUUUUUUCAGGAUUCAGACGGCUCUGGGAAAAUUUUGCUGAUGGGUGAUCUGGAUUAUGAAGAUUCAAGUAAUCUAGCAGUUGGGAAUGAAUAUGCUUUAAUAAUCCAGGUGCAGGACAUUGCAUCUCCUUACUAUAAAAAUACCAUCUACAUUUAUAUCCAUACAAUUCCAGAAAAUGAACAUCUUCUACAGUUUGAUAGUGCUUCCUAUGUAUUUGAAGUUUUAGAAUUGAAGUCAGUUCAAUCACGCAUUGGGCAGGUUCAUGCAAGGGAUGAAGACUACCCACAAAGUGAUAUCACCUACUCCAUUCUCACUGGGGGCUCCACUGUCCAAUACAUGGGCCUAUUCUGGAUUAACCCCAAAACAGGGGUGCUCCAGCUUGUGACGAAGGCCGACUUUGAAUCAGUCCCGCAGCACAUCCUUACAGUACAGGCUACUAACAGAGAGGAGAGCAGCACAGCCACUGUGACUGUGAACAUUCUUGAUGAAAACGAUGAGAAACCAAUAUGUGAACCAAAUUUCUAUUUCCUGACAAUCCCGGUGGACCUCAGAGUUGGCACAAACAUUCAGAAUUUCAAACUAACGUGCAUUGACAAAGAUUCCCUCCCCACAUCUUUCCGCUACUUCAUUGGUCAAGGGAACAAGAACAAUCAUUUCACUUUCUCCCCCAAUGCUGGAUCAAAUAUCACAAGCCUCCUGCUUGCAACCCCGUUUGAUUAUUCUAGUGGUUUUGAUAAAGCCUGGGACUACAAGCUGCUCAUUUACAUAACAGAUGACAAUUUGCUGACCAGCCGGAAGAAAGCUGAGGCUUUUGUUCAGACAGGAACAGUGACACUGCAUAUCCAAGUUGUCCCUCAACCAACCACAGUCAUCACCACCACCUCCAUGCCCAGAAUCACAUACCUGAUUCAGAGGGAAAAUGUUUAUUCUUCAUCAGCUUGGUAUGUACCAUUCAUUAUUACGAUGGGCUCCAUGCUACUCUUGGGUCUCCUGGGAUACCAGUUCUUCCUGCUGGUGAAAUUCAUCAGAAGACACUGCUCCUUCAAGCCCAAGGCAGAUAAAGAAUCUCUGGUGAAAAAAGGAGAAACCAAGAAGGCAAAGAGAGAAGUUGUACUGGAAAUGACCAAGAUUAACACUGUCUUCGAUGGAGAAGCCCUAGACCCAGUUACUGGCAAAAUAUAUGAAUUCAACUCAAAAUCUGGUGCCAGAAGGUGGAAAAACCCAUCACUCCAAAUUUGGUCAGGAGAGAAAGACUUGAGUGAACAAGGAGCUGUUUGGACUGUGGCAAAUGGAGGUGAAGGGAUGAACCCCCUGGAAGGGACCAACAAGGAAACAGAUGGAAAGACUGGGAAAAUGGAAGCUGAUGACAUCAGUGUGGGACUCAAGAGUGAUGAAGGGAAGAUGGAAUCAUCACAAAGCCUAGGUACCUCUAGAGUUCAGAAAUCCAGAGAAGGAAUAAUGAGACAGGGGUCUUCCCCAGUCCUCCUAGGCAGGGCUUCCCCCAAAAUAUACCCCCAUUCUCCAGUGAAAACCACUGGGAAGUAAGUUACAUCGUGGUGUUUGUGGCUAUGGUAACCAAGCAUCUCAGAUUUUCUGAGAUAGCCUCCAAUGUCCCAAAAAACCCCAAAACAACAACAAAAGCCAGUGUAUUUAAUGAAACUUUGCAAAAGGAAUAUACUUUGUUGGACCAUGUGUUCCAGCUGAGGGGUGGGAAAAAUCACCAUGGUAUUUAGGACUUGCAGAAUAGGAAACUGAUCUUGCUCAGAGGGAUAGAUCCUUAUCCUAAAACCUUGGCUAAAGGAGAAAGAGAGGUGAGAUAGAGUGUCUAGGGGUCUUCAACAAGAUGUUUUCCCUACUCCUAAAACAAAUAGAUAUGUGUCUGUGUAGAUCAUGAGAUAACUCUGUAGAAAGUCCAACUCAGUUUAACAAACAUUUGUUAAGCA